UUACUCGGCAUUUGAGCCAAAGGGCAAAGUCCCAUUCCUUUGUUUCUCAAAAAAGUCCUGUUUUCUUCCCAGCCUCUCCCAGAGGGAGAGAGAAGCUUCUAACGGCGGUUUCGGUGGUCCUGCACCCGACCUCGAUUCUGUCUGCUGCAAUUCAAACAUCUCCCGAGAAUUUAUGAGCACGAUAUCUCGGCCUUCGAGAUAGGUUUAUUUGAUGUGAAAUUCAUUUGAUUUUGGUUCUUUGUUGGAAGUAGUUGGAUGGGAAGGCAGAAGAUGGCUUAUGCUUGUAAAUUCAGCAUGUUACUGAUGCUUGUUGCUGUGGCAUCUGCAUUGACAAUUGAAAGUUCUACCAAAGAUGAUCUUCUGCAAUGUGAAAGCAUUGUUAAGAACUGGGCAGCUUCAUCGCUCAUCGAUGGAGUCCAAGGAGACAAACUAAAACUACGCGACUUGCUAUUCUUUCUCCAUGUUCCAAGAACUGGAGGACGCACCUAUUUCCAGUGCUUUUUGAGAAAACUAUACACCAGUGAUCUUGAAUGUCCCCGUUCCUAUGACAAACUACGCUUCGAUCCGAGCCAACCAAACUGCAGAUUGAUGGCUACUCAUGAUGAUUAUAGUAUAAUGUCCAAAUUGCCCAAGGAGAGCACUUCAGUGGUUACAAUACUAAGAAAUCCAGUCGAUCGUGUCUUUAGUACAUAUGAGUUCUCUGUGGAAGUUGCAGCUAGGUUUUUAAUACAUCCGAAUUUAACAUCGGCAACACAAAUUACUGGGCGAUUACGCCCUAAAGCUCGUGGAGUUAGUACUUUGGAUAUUUGGCCAUGGAAGUACUUGGUUCCUUGGAUGAGGGAGGACCUUUUCGGCCGGCGGGAAGCGAGGAAACUUGGGAAAGUUAUGGGCAUUAGAAAAAGAAGCUACUCAUACGACAUGGAAGACAUUGUUAUUCCAUUACCUGCGUUCGUCAAUGAUCCCCUUGCUCAUGAGAUCAUUCACAAUGGAGCCACUUUUCAGGUGGCAGGGUUGACGAACAACUCUUGUUUAGCAGAAUCACACAAAGUGCGUCACUGUGUGAGGAAGCAUCCUGUACUUGGCCAACAUGUGCUUGAUGUUGCAAAGAAGAGAUUGGACAACAUGUUAUAUGUUGGGCUUACUGAGGAACACAAGGAGUCCGCGGCGAUGUUUGCAAAUGUGGUUGGUGUGCAGGUGCUUUCCUUGUUGGAAGCCUUGAAUUCUCGUACCAAUCAAGCAGUUAACAACAGAACAGAGUUGACCUCUUCUUUUCCAGAGUCUGAGCACGAUAGUUCAAAUCAGCUGCGGGACAGCAUCGAUGGACAAAAGUUGAGAGAAACUCCUUCAGUCAAAAAAAUUGAAACUGCUGAUGAAAAUACAACAGUUGUAAAACUGAUGGAAGCUUAUGAAGCCUGUAUUUCUAGUUUACGAAAAUCUCAAGCGUCACGACGGGUCUCUUCUUUGAAGAGAAUUUCUCCUGCAAACUUUAGUAAGGAGGCCCGGCUUCAGGUUCCUGAAACACUUCUCCAGCAAAUACUUUUGCUAAACAGCCUUGAUGUGGAACUUUAUAAGCAUGCUCAGAACAUCUUUGCACAGCAGCGGAAACAUUUUAUGCAGAAAUUGGAUACAGUGGAAAUACAAGAAAGCAUGCCUAGCAACUCAUCUGGGCACUACGCACAGAAAGCUUUUUGGUUAGCUGUAACAACUGUAUUCGUUGUGCUCAUCAUCGUUCUGUUUGUAACUUCAAGGAGGAGAACUUCAAAACUUAAGGUGUGAUGAAUGUGAUUCGUCAUGAGUAGAGAGAGUGGUGUAACGUGCACCUGGGCCAAGUUCCUACAUCUGCAUCAUAUUUCUAUCUUUAGACAUCCAUUUUUAAAGACAGGAGUGUAUGCAAAAGGGCGGUUGAUGGAAGGAGGAGAAAUUUUUUGGGCAGAUUUUUGGCAAGGCAAGUUUUGCUUAUUGUCAUGCAAGCAUUGGACCGAAAAGAGAUGUGUGAAGUCUGGAAUGGUUUUGGGCGUUUCUGCACCUGUUGGUUGUAUUAUAUUUGAGAAACAUAUAUAAAAACUGUGAGGCCCAUCAGGGUGAGAGAUCAGAA